CAAAACAAGCUGAUCUCGGGUCACAUUUCGUUUCUAUUUCAGCACGCGGGCUGGUCACGCGCACGUUGUUAUAAACAGAGCGCGUGACUCUGGAUCACGUGGUCAUCAGGGCGCCUGUGAAGCACUGAAAAGUGAAGAUGUCUUGGUUUGGUUAACUCGCUCGAUAAGUCAGACUUCUGUCUGUCAGGAAAACUGAAAAGAUGAAUGCAUUAGUUGCCCUUUGUCACUUCUGUGAACUGCAUGGGCCUCGGACUCUGUUUUGCACCGAAGCUGUUCAUCCACCGUCACCCUCGCCUUCUCAGCCCGGGUCAGCUCUAAUUCCUGAUCGAGAACCUGAAGGAGAUCGUGAUGGAGAGGGCCUCACCAUGAAGGCCAAUAGUUCAGAGACACACAGAGCUGACAUGUGCGAGGGCUGUCGCUCUCUUCCUGCUUCUCAUCCUGGCUUUGUGAGUGUGGACAGUGAGACAGGGAUUCGCUUCCUUAGUCAUCAGCACCCACGGCAGCCUCAGCUGUUCAGCGUCGUGCGGCAGGCUUGUGUGCGCAGCCUAAGCUGUGAGGUGUGCCCUGGUAGAGAGGGACCCAUCUUUUUUGGGGAUGAGCAGCAUGGCUUUGUGUUCUCGCACACCUUCUUCAUCAAAGACAGCCUGGCGCGUGGCUUCCAACGCUGGUACAGCAUUGUUAUCGUAGCCAUGGACCGGAUCUACCUCAUCAACUCCUGGCCUUUCCUGCUGCGCCACCUCAAAAUCACCAUCCAGAGCCUGCAGAGCACAGCACUCCAGGUGUUUGAUAGCGAGCAGGGAGUAUGCCCUCAGAGAGCUGUACGGAUGAACAGCACUUUUUCACCAGCAGGGUUUCCUCAUCAACGCAGCGGCAAUGCAGCCCGUUCUCUAACCUCUCUUACCCAGCAUCCCAGCCUGUGGGCCAGCCUGCACACUUCUUUCAGCUGGCUGCUAAAGGCGUGCGGCAGCAGACUGAGUGAAAAAUUACUCGAAGGAGCGCCUACUGAAGACACACUCGUCCUUAUUGAAAGACAAACAGAACAAGAAGAGGAGAUGAAUGCUGAUGGGGAUGUACAGACCAGUACAGACCAGGACGGACAGUCAGCCACCACACAGGACAAAGGCUUUCUAUGUGGUGAUGAUGGAAAAGAUGAAGAGCCUCCUGGGCCAAGAUUCAAAUCUCUGAGGCAUUUACGACAGGUCCUUGGUGCAGCAGAGUUUAGACAGCUGGCCUGGCAUGUGCUAAUGGGAAACCAAGUAAUAUGGAGAGGACCGGACUGUGGACUUAUCCAGUCAGCUUUUAACAUGCUCAAGGCUUUGCUGCCAGUCGGUUGUGUUCGCGUAGUUCCUUACAGUACACAAUAUGAAGAAGCAUAUAAAUGCAAUUUUCUGGGUCUAAGCUCUGAUGUGCAAAUCCCAGCUCAUGUCACAUCUUCAGAGUUCAUGGUGUUGGUAGAGGUUGUGAACAUGGAACAGGGCAACGCGUUCCUUAUGUACAAUGAUGAUAUUCCUGCACUGUACCAGUUCAGUAUUAGCAGUGCUAAUACACAACCGACAGACAAAGGACCAACACUGUUGAAUAAGAUUGAUCUGGCGCUGGCUAAUGAGAAUCUGUCUGUGGAGGUGGUGUCUCACUGCCUGCUCUGCCUGAAGGAGGAGUGGAUGAAUAAAGUAAAAGUGCUGUUCAAGUUCACUAAGGUGGAUGGAAGAGGUAGGGAAGACACUCAGAAGGUUUUGGCAUUGCUGGGGGCCACUGGACAUGGAGAAGAAGACAAUGUACGUCUCCUUAAGUUCUGGAUUACAGGACUGAGCAAAACGUACAAGAGCCAUUUAAUGACCGCCGUCCGUGGGGGAGAGAGAACACCUAGUCAAUAAGUAUUGAGGGUUUAACAUCACUCCAAAACCGAUUCUUUGUGUAUUUGUGUCUGUAAGUUUUGAAGGAGUUUUUGUAUUGCAUCAUGUGUUUUAUGGGUGAAUUACAAAUGUCUGAGAGUGGUGUAGUCACUUUCAAGACUGUUCAACUGCAUAGAGAUUUUUUAGCUGUCUCAUUCUUAUAAAAGUGUUUCAUCAUUUUUGGAAAUAAGAGCUUCUGCAGUGUUAUUGCAAAAGUUUUUUUCUCUAAAAGAUGUUUUAUUCUUUUAGGUUAGCCCAACACCCAAGUUCAAAAUCAAUCAAGCUCCACCCUGCAUUAGAUGUUAGAACUUGCAUAUGUUUUUUUUUUUAUCUUACUGCACAUUUUUCCAGCGUAUUAACUUGAGCUCUUAUGAGUGUUUACAAAGGUUUAUACAGACUACUGUAACUAUGGUGAGACAAAAGGACUUGUAUACAUUUAAUUCCUGCUUUAGCGUUUUGUGAGAUUGUAACUUAAGUUAUUAAGGCCGAUAAAACAAUAAUCUAUUUACUUUUUCUAACUUAUGCCAUUUAAUUAACAUAAGCUGAGCACCAUCUGCAUUAACUCUGUGCUGUUUCAAGCACAAAAGCCUUAUUUAUUUUGUGUAUUUAUGCAGCUGGUAUGUUUCAGUUUAUGAUUUAAAAGAAAACUACAAAUGUUAAAUAUGUUCAUAUAUGUGUAUAUAUAUAUAUUUCUUUAUGCAUGGAAUCAUUUGAUAAAAUAUGUGCUAUUUGUCAUGUGACGGGGUUUUGAAGAACCUGUAAAUGAAUAAUCUCCACUUCAAAACUCGUAUCAAUCCAAGUAGGACAGUGGCGAGAUAACUUGAAUAAGUCUUUCAUUUUGCACCUCUUCUGAUUCCUCUGUUAACUGUUAACUUAUAUUUGGAAUGUCUGUGUGUCAUAUUUCAUAACUUGCUGGUAAUAAGUGGCUUUUACUGUAAAUAGAUAUGCUAAAUAAACAAAUUUGAAUGUU